CAACAGAUUACACCACUCUCACUUUGAAAAGUUUUACUCCUCAUGCUGCAUGUUUGUGUUAAAUAUUUCUUGUUUUUCAUCCUCAGGGUUAUCCUGGACAGCCAGGACCGAUCGGACCAGGAGGACCAAAGGGCUCUGAAGGUUACAGCGGCGUGCCGGGUAGUGAUGGUGACCCCGGAGAGGACGGUCCCAUCGGGGUCCCGGGUGUGAUGGGAGACCCCGGAGUCUUUGGAGUCAAGGGCAGUAAAGGAGAUCGAGGAGUUCGAGGCCGUCGGGGCAGAGUCGGCGCUGUGGGAGCUGGAGGAGAACAAGGAGACGCAGGAAUACCUGGGAAAGGAGGACCGAAGGGCCUGCAGGGCUCCACUGGAGCCAAAGGUGAGACGGGACCAGAUGGUGAGAAGGGUGCAGCAGGGAAGAAGGGAAUCAAAGGUGCAAAAGGACAAAAGGUAAUUAUUUCCUGCCGAGAGUCUGAUGAUGAAACUUCCAGUCACACUUCCUCUCUCAACACCUGCUGGGGUUUUACGUUACUCAUUAUCUUUGUUCCUUGUUUUUCUCACCUUCAGGGCAGCGUGGGCGACCUUGGAGACAAAGGACAGCGUGGACCAAAAGGUGCAGUGGGUCGUAACGGGGGCCCCGGCCCCGUGGGACCGCCCGGCAUCCCGGGGACCAGAGGGGAGCGCGGUGCGAUCGGGGACCUCGGCGUUAAAGGCCGCCCAGGAUCCAAAGGAGCUCCAGGACCCUCGGGUCCUGGUCUGACGGAUGAGCAGGUGCUGCAGCUCUGCCGAGGCGUGGUCACCGCCCAGAUCUCCCAGUACGCCUCCUCCAUCCGGGCCAAGUGCUCCCAGGGCUGCCCCAUCAACAACCGAACCCUGAUCGGGCCCCCGGGGGCCCCAGGGCCCUCCGGAUCUACGGGCAAAGCUGGUAAAGCAGGAAAAGCCGGAGCUAAAGGAGUCAGAGGAGCUCAAGGUGACAGAGGACUGGAGGGACAGAAAGGAGCGCAGGGCGACAGAGGUUCAAAGGGACCUAAAGGCCUGGCAGGUGAUCCAGGUAAAGGUCUGGCAGGACCCGACGGACCACAAGGACUCAGAGGUGUGCCAGGUCACCCGGCAGAACCCAAAAACGGCAUGGAGGGUCCCCGAGGGCCCCGUGGCUUCACCGGUCCAGUUGGACAGUCCGGUAUGCUCGGGAUCGCAGGCGUGCCGGGAAUUUGCGAGGCGCGGGACUGCAGCAUUCAUGCGCCAGUGGUGCGCAAAGAGCAAGGUCUGGUGAAAGGACCGGUCAGCUCAAAGAUGUGAACCUGAACACGAGCGACGAGCACCAGAGCGUCUGAGAUUCACCUGGUGGCACCUUCAAGGUCUGUCUCAAUGAAUUCCAGGUGUUAAACGGGACAAAAAAAUGUUUGAUUUAAGACAAUCGUUCAUUUAAAAACGAAUGAUUCUAUUCUUCUUUGAAAAUGUCAGAGGACCGAGUGUAGUACCCUGGGGCACACCGCACCGCAAAAAUGGGAAACUGUGCAAGAAUUAACCAGAAAAGACUUUUCCACCUGAGCCGGACAAAGAUUUUACAGGUUAUAAAGUUCAGAAAGAUCCAAACACUGGUAACCAUUGAUGUGUUUAAACACUAAAUGAUUCCCCCUUUUUACCUUCCUUCAGUUUAGUUUGUGUUUUCUCAAUGAAAAAUAAACAAAAAAAGAUUAAAAACUAUGUAAAUAUUUUGUAAAGUAUCUCAAAUACAUGUAUUGUGCUCUGAAAUAUGUUUCAGAUAAACUGUCUGAUGUUUUUUUAUUCUGAGUCUUCAGUUUGUCAGUCACCUCAUGUUUAAGUGUUAAUAAUAUUCCAGAAAAGAUAAAUCACAGAAAUAUCUUUGUUCUAGACUUCUGAACAAUUUACUGUGAUUAACGGCCUUUCACAGUAAAACAGUAAUCUGGUUUUUGUUUGUAUGUGUUUCAAAGUGUUUGACAAGAUGACGUCAUCCUUCUUUUUCGAGAGCUGUAAACUAUUAAAAAACAUAAAUAACUGUUGAACAUUUGAGAAAAUAAACUCCAAAAUACCAA